UUGCUAGAGAAGGAUCGAGAAAUCAACGUAAUUUUUUAUGUCCAGUGCGCUUAAGAACGAUUUUUAUGAGAGAGAGACACAAAGAUGAGAGCGAGGAGAAGACGAAAGAACUGGAUGGCCUAACGAUGCGGGCUCGAUGGGCUAGAUGUAUGGCGGCAGCAAUGAGACGAGGAGGCGAGGUCAAUGGGCAGAAAUGCUGGGUCGGAAUGUAGAUGUAGCAAACCGGCAGAGACCCUCGAAUCACAGGAGGCCAAGGGAUGGAGAUGGAGUGAGGAAUGGUGCGCGAGACAGCCUCUCUAGGAAGUCAAAAGGGAGACAGCAGAGGGGAAAAUAAUAAAAUAAAAUACAAGGCAAGGCAAGGCAAGGUAAGGCAG